AGGUUACCUAUCGUCAUGCAGUACCCGCCACGUGAGAAGAUAUUUAUGGCCUUUAUAAGUCAUCUUAUAUUGAGACUAUUGAGUCAGUUUGUGUCUUUCUCAGUUUCUCCAAGGACGUAUGGUGUAUCAACUGUCUCUAACAGCAAAGGCAGAUGUUCUUGUGUCUCCUUUAGGGUCUAUCACUCGAGACAGCAGCCUCACGAAAUUCCUACAGUGACCAGUACUGGAGUUCUGAGUGUGGAGCUGCGCAUAUCUAAAGGUUCAUCAUUUUCUUCAUUCUACGCAUUAGAGGACUUUCCAUUACAGAUUCCACUUCGGGAACUUGUGUUCUUAGAGGUUAGACUUCUGCAACCUUCUGAUCCCAGGCUACACCUCCGUCUCCACCAAUGCUGGGGAGCCCCAAACAUGGAUCCAGCAUCUACUUUGCGUUGGCCUGUAAUCUCUAAUGGAUGUCCAUUUUCAGAAGACGACACACUGACACAAAUUCUGCCAGGCUCUGUCCCCUCGAGUUAUCAAAGAUUUGUUGUGUCUGCCUUUACUUUUGUUGGCUUCUCAAAUAACACAGAGGUUUAUUUCUUCUGCAGCAUCUCUGUGUGUGUGCCAUCCUCCUCUGAAAGCUGUACAACGGAUUGUGCUAAUCACACACGCAGUCGGCGAGAUCAGCCUGAUAUUUCUCUGUACUUGGUGGGCACCACUGGACCCCUGGUUUUCCAGCAGAAGAAAGAAUUGGGAAUGGCCAGUCUCCAGCACCUGACCUCAAUUCUUCCAGGAAUUGGCUUUGCCGUCACAUUUCUCUUCAUAAUGUUGCUUCUAGUAGGCACUCUUAAAGUUAAGUGGUAUUACAAUGUUGAAAAAUGAAUCCUAAAUAAAUAUCAUUAUUGUCAAAUGUCAUGGAGUCAGUUUGUAUUUUAAUUGGUAGAAGCAGUCUAAGCUCUGCUGGAGAAGCAAAAAUGGAGUGGCUCUUUCCUCAACGCUAUGCUCUUCCACAUCUGAAUCUUGUAUGGGAAAAUGGUUGUGGUCUCUAACACUGUAAUGCCAUUGCAGGGACUUAAAGGAACAUUCUGGGCUGAAAGGCUCCUUUUAAGCAGAACAUUCCGCGACUGAAAAUCAGUUCUUCAUUUGAAUGGGGCAGCAAGCACGUGGAUUUCUGCAAGCCUUGUUAAGGUGAAUGGAACCAAUUUUCAGUCGUGGAAUUUUCUGUCACCAUCACUCUUCCGUAUUACAGAUCCUUAUUUUCGUCCAUUGAAAAAAUAGUGACUUAAAUGGCUUUAUUCACAUUUCUUUUCUACCUUUUUUUUUUUUAAUGAGCAGCAAGUUUCAGUAGAUUCUUUACUGGUACCAUUUUUAGCCAUAGUCAAUGGGUCGAAAUUAUACAGUUGCCUAGUACAGAUGAAAAAGACAUCAAGUUCACCCUGGGGGGGGGGGGGGAGGGGGGGAAUUUUGGGAAAGGUAAGUAAAACGCAAA